AUGUCCUCCACAUCAUCAUCAGCACCAGCAGCAGCCGCCGCUACUUCUCAAUCUUCGGAUGAAAAGCAACAAGCGCAAGACUCAUCACAGCCAGACAAACUUCCUCUCGGUCUGCCCGAACCUCCAAGCGCCGAUGGCCCGAUCAAGCUCGAUGUCAGCACCGGCGAAAGCGUCUCCCUGGAUGCACUAGGUCCCAUGGUCGUCAACAAAGACGGCACGAUUAGCCGUAUCGCCAAUUGGGACAAGAUGGCCGCGAUCGAGAAGCAGAAUACGCUGAGGAUCGUGGGCAAGCGGAAUCAAGUACGGCUAGAGGCACUCAGGAAGCAGGAGGAAGAGAGGACGGAGGCGUGA